CAUGACGAUGAUAUAGGCAACACAUCUGAUUGGGUCUCACAAAAAUCCAAACAGCACAAGUCAUGUUGUUGUAGUAGAAAAAUCAGAUGGAAUUUGUUUAUUGUUUUCCUCGUUCUAUUAACAACAUCAUGUCUAGGGUCCGUAGGCUUGAGCAUAUACCUUAUGCUACAAUUUCAAGAUUUGAGUGUAGAACUAGAGCAUGCAGUAUUGAGGAACAGUUCAUUGCACAACAGAUUUCAGAUUGAACAAUCUGAAGACGAAGAAAAACAUAACGAAAACAUCAAUAACAUGGCCAUCAUGUUAAAGAAUUAUACAGAUAUGUUCAAUCAAAAUAUCGGAAAACUGGAAGUGGGUGUCAGUGACUUAACAAAAAUGUAUAAAAACCAGGUCAAAAUACAGAGUGAUAUACAGCAACUAAUAGAGACUUAUAAUAGAAAUAUCAGGACGAAUAUAGUGAAACUUGACACAAAAUAUAUCGAGGUUCAAAAACAAAUCAAUGAAAUAGUGCGGACACAAAAUGUCAUUCAAAAGAAGCUGUCAGACAUUGUAUUGGCAGGAUCAAAUGAACACAUUAGUAAACAGAAAAGAAACAACAGUGAAUGGAUUUCUUACACGUCAGGAAUACACACAUUGUUACUGUCUAUGUUUCUGUUUAUUAUCAUUUGCAUGUAGACGACACAAUUGAUAUAUAUAUAUAUACUGUGGAUUCAUUUUCAUGAAUAAAAUUACUGCAAUAAAAUGUGCAAUGUUAAACUGUGAUCAAUUAUCACCAACAACGUCUCAAACAAAUCAA